CGUCUGGGGCUCGGCCCGUGAGAGGGAAGCAGGCUUUAGGGAGUCGUCCCGCGAGUGGUGAGGUCCACUAACAAGUUCAGCACCUGGUCUGGCUGCUCCCAGCCGCAAAGAUGCUCCUGGGAUUUCGGAGAGGCCGCAAGAGCCAGUUUAAACACAUUGUCCAUGGCCUCCUCUCUGCGGCCAGCAUCGCACCGAAACCAGCUGUGCCCCGCACGCCUCCUCCCCGCAGCCCCAACCCCUCUCCAGAGAGACCAAGAUCAGCUCUGGCUGCAGCCAUUCUGGCAACAACAUUGACUGGGCGGACCGUCGCUAUUCCUCAGCCUCGCCGCAGAUCGCGCUCUGAGAGUGACAUGAGCUGCGUGGAAAAGGACAGCGUCAUCGAGCCCUAUGCCACCACGUCAGAGCUGAGGCUUCGACCAGAUUGGCAGAGUGAGAUGGAAAGAAGAACUUCUUUACCAUCCUUUCAGACACUGGGCUAUGGGGAAGAAGAGGACGAUGAAACGUCCUUGUCAUCCAGCUACAAGGUGGAGGGGGAUACCUGUCCUCGGAAAGAAGAGGGAGGUCACCGUGACGCCGUGUAUGCCGUGCCACACCGAAAUCAGUUUCCAUUGUCACAUGGGGUGGACAGUGAAGAAGAAGAAAAUAUUUCUGAGCAAGAUGGGCUUCUAGGCUCACCUCUGAUACUACAGCGUACACGAGAAAAAGAUGGUAAGCAUUCUGUUCUGAAUCUAAAGGAUGAAAAACCACCAUUAUGUGAAAAGCCUCCACCAUCCCCAGAUAUAACAGGUAGAACACGUCAAAGAUGUCUUGAAAUAACCAAAGAAAAGUUUAAGGAAUUAAAAGAAGAAAAUUUGCAGCUAAACAAUACAAAUCAAACCCUUACCCUUGAGCUUAAUGUAAUAAAACAAACAAUGAGAGGACUACAGCUAAAACUUAAGAGAAUGGAAAAAGAAAAUGGAAAGCUGAAAGAGGCUGAGAAAACAUCCUCUCAGGAAGUAGUUGCUGCGCCUGAAUUACUUUAUCUAAGAAAACAAGCUCAAGAACUGGUGGAUGAAAAUGAUGGGUUGAAGAUGACUGUCCAUCGUUUGAAUGUAGAGCUGAGUCGGUAUCAAACAAAAUUUAGGCAUUUGUCCAAAGAAGAGAGUUUAAACACUGAAGGUCUCCCAUUAAAAGGCCCUAUACCACCCUGGUUGUUGAAUAUAAAGUACCUGUCACCGUUGUUGCUGGCUUAUGAAGACAGGAUGAAAGAGAAGGACGACCUCAAUGCCACCCUCGAGGAAGAAAUGAGAAUGUUUAAGAUACGAGUCCAAGAAGUGGUGAAAGAAAAUGAAGACUUGCACCAAGAAUUAAACAAGAGUAGUCCUGUUUCCAGCAAAGAAUGGCGUCAGCUUCAGACCCAAGCAGAACUGGUUUUAGAGGAAAACAAGUUGUUGAUAGAGCAGUUGGAGAUUCAGCAAACCAAAGCCAAGGACACCCACCAGGAGCAUCUCCAGGAAGUUUCUAAACUGACUAAACAACUAAUGCUUCUGGAAAGUAAAACACAGAGCCAAGAAAAAGAGCUAGCUGAAAACAAGGAGCAAUUGGAAAGUCUCCAUGCCAAAUGUCAAGAACUAAAAACACACUUGGAUGGCAAAAUUGCAAUGGAAGUUCAUGCUUCGAUUGUGAAUGAAUUAAAAAGCCAGUUGCAGAAGGAAAAAGAAAAAGGAAAUGCUGAGAUGGAAGAGCUGAUGGAAAAGUUGACAGUCCUGCAAGUACAGAAAAAGAGCCUGCUUUUAGAGAAGAACAAUUUGACAGUUAAAAGCAAAGCACUGGAAGCCGAACUUGAAAUGGCACAGAAACGAAACAGGAGAGCUCAGAAGAAAAUAGAUGUCCUCAAAAAGCAGGUGGAAAAAGCCAUGGAGAACGAAAUGUCUGCGCACCAGUACUUGGCAAAUCUUGUUGGGCUGGCAGAGAAUAUUACUCAGGAACGUGACAAUCUUGUGUGUUUGGCUAAAUGUUUAGAAACUGAGAAUCAUGGAGUUCUCAACAAAAUAUUAGAAGGCAAUAUUCGCUUGGGAAAGUUAGAGGAAAAAGUCAAGGGGUACAAAAAGCAGGCGGCGCUGAAGCUGGGGGACAUCAGUCACCGUCUGACAGAGCAGCAGGAGGACUUUGCUGGUAAGACAGCUCAGUACCAGCGGGAGAUGAGGCACCUCCAUCGCAUGCUGCAGGACAAGCAGGAGAUCCUGGAGGAAGCCCUACAGCAGAAAAGGGAAAUGGAAGGUGAGCUUGAAGUGGUGUGGGAGUCUACCUCCAAGGAAAACCGAAGAAUUCGAGAACUUCUCCAGGCCACGCUGGAGAGGACAGGCACACGGAACAACACUGGCGCUUCUGAGGACGCCUGCCCCAACGGCGUCCCUCAGGGGGACUUGCUGGACGGCUACAAUUUCAGCUCCUGGGGCGGAAAGCGUCCUCCAGACGCCCACCGGAGUCUGCGGGAGCCCCUGGGCUAGGGCCCCAUAGGCCUGGAAGGCCUCACACCGGGAAGCCAAGGGCAGCCCACCCCCCGGAGGAGGGCAACCCUGUGGAAACGGGAAGUGUGACGGCCUUCUUCACGCAGCAGUGGGCUUUGGGGCCCUGGAAGAAAGAAACUGUUUCAGAAACGCGGAUCGGCUUUUUAAAAUUUUGCUUUCUUUUAAUAAUGUGCUGAUGAAAUCUCUCUUAGCCAGGCCCAUCCUCUGGUUGCACUGGCCAUGGAAACCAGGCCUGUGAGACCUACUUCUCAGGUCAGCAGGUGGCCCGAGAAGCAGUCCUGUCUCUAGGCUCCUCAUCCACCCAGGGGAGCAGAUGGGCGGGGCCGCUUAUCUUGGGUUUCCUGAAUAAGUGUAAUUGGGUGAGGCUCCCAGCGCAGUCAGCACCGAUUGUAUCUGUGCAUUAGCUCUGUGAGGGAUUUUUCUCCUUUGGUAAAAAACAGUAUGCUCGUACACAUGCCCCAGAAAGUUGUUCAAAACCUCCUCUGCCUUCUCCUCCAGCCUUUCUCUGUCCUUCUGAGAAGGUAACUUAUUCUGGGGCCACAUAGCGCCCUCCCCGAGUCCUGGAUUUGAGUGCCAGGCAGGGUCCCUGCCCCACGUGGAGCUGUGCCCACAGAGGAUGCCGGGGAGCUGUGGUUCCUGUGCCUUUGGUAGGUCGUCCCGGUCUCUCUUCUGUGGGACGCCUUCCACCACCACCACCAUCCUGGGAACACCACCUAUCUGGGGCUGCUCCUGCUGGGCACACUGGGAGAACGCUGUGUCUUCAGGCCCCAGAGGACCUGUGGGUCGGAAGGGGCAGAUCCUCUGUUGUUUCUGGUGUGUAUGUCAGCCCCAGCUUUGGCCCUUGGAAGGGUAUAAAAGGCAUCCUGUGAUCUUUGAUUGCUGAGUGGAAAGUUGAAAUAGAAUAUCAGAGUUCUUUUACAUGUUAUUUAGCUUGUUCAACAGUUAAUUUUAGUUUAAUUUCAUUUUACAAGGGGUAGACUCACCAGGAUUUAUGACUGUGUGUCAUCUCCCUAACAGAUAACCUAGGGAAUGACUUUGAUGCCAUUGCAAAGGAAUUUAUACCAGCCGUGCAAUCAUCAGAAGGCAGGCUGAAAGGUGGCAGCCCCCUGGGGAGUCUCACCUCCUGGACCUGUGAUCCAGGCGUGGGGUGUCAGGGGAGACACUGCAGCAGAAUCCAGGGAACCGCUUCUGUCAUCCCUAUUUUUUUUCUGCCUUUUAUGAAAAUAUUUGACUCCUUUUGAGAAGUGAACAUUUUUACACUUAUACUUGAAUUUGUUACACAUUACCCAUGAACUUGGGCAAGCUGUGUCGCCCCUGGCCCUCACCGUGCCCGGGCCGGGGUGGGGGUAUGCAGCACUUGGUCUCUGCCCGGCCUCUGGGUGCUGUAGGAUAUGACAGGUGAGCUCACAGUCCAGGACGCAGAGGAGCUCAGCAGGCAAGGCAGAGAUGGACAGGGCAGCUGAGAGGCACCGAGAACUUACAAGGCUGAGAAGGGACAGAGGCUGCAGGGAGGGACAGGGUUUCAGGAGCUGGAGAAGAGCAGAGAUGGAUGGUGUGAGCAGAGGUGGGGGCCCGGGAGCAGUAGGAGGGGCUGUUUGGCUGGAGGCCGGGAGGGGGUUCUCCUGUUGCACUUCAUCCUGCAGGUUUCUGAUCCCAAGAAAUGGUUCAGUUCCUUCUGGGUCCUGGCUGGGGUUUAUAUGGUGCUGGAACACAGGUCUAUGGCCUGCUUUUAGUCGAGUGGUCAGUGCUUGGGUAUUAUUGUUUUUAAAGCACACAUAGAUAUUAUAUGACUUCUUUUGUAUGUAUAUUUAAUGAAUAAAUUGAAAUUUUCAUAAUAAAAAAGUUGAAAAAAAUAAA